AUGUGUGACAUGGGUGGACUGGACAACCUGGUGGCCAACACAGCCUACCUGAAAGCACAGAGUUUAGACGACAAGGAGAUCUGUGAGCAGGAGCCCAUUGGGAAGACAUGCUUCCGACAGUUCCUCCUAGCCUCCAGUCCAGAAUACCUAGCCGCUGCAGAGUUUCUGGAUGAGUUGAAUGACUGGACUUUUGCAGAGGCAGGUGCUAAAGAACUCUGCCUGGAACCCCCAUGUGGGGGGUCCUGCUGGUCCCAAGCCCGGGUAAAGGAGGAGGGUUGGGCGUAG